ACAGAGGAGCCCGAAGCUGUAAGAUGGCCAGGACCAAGCAGACUGCCCGAAAAUCCACCGGAGGAAAAGCUCCCAGGAAGCAGCUCGCCACCAAGGCUGCCCGUAAAAGCGCCCCGGCUACCGGAGGCGUGAAGAAGCCCCACCGUUAUAGGCCCGGGACUGUGGCUCUCAGGGAGAUCCGCCGCUACCAGAAAUCCACCGAGCUGCUGAUCCGUAAGCUGCCCUUCCAGCGCCUGGUCAGGGAGAUCGCUCAGGACUUUAAGACCGACCUGCGCUUCCAGAGCUCCGCCGUCAUGGCUCUGCAGGAAGCUAGCGAGGCUUACCUGGUCGGUCUGUUCGAGGACACCAACCUGUGCGCCAUCCACGCCAAGAGGGUCACCAUCAUGCCCAAAGACAUCCAGCUGGCCCGCCGCAUCCGCGGAGAGAGGGCUUAAGCUGAUCUGAGAUCAGUUUACACAAAACACAACGGCUCUUUUAAGAGCCACGUACACGCACUCAGAGCAGCGGUUUACAGCACAGACUAUGUAUUACCUGGCCCUCAGCUAAGUGCUGUUUGGAGUCUGUUGCUCACUAACAGAGCAUGCAGUGUGGGUUAGUAUUGAUUGUACUGUAUUACUACACAGGUGUGUAGCGGACAGGAAGUGUAGCGGUGCAGGCCCACAGACCGUGUCAAGCACAGCUGCGUUUGAGUGGUUACAGGACUGCAGAGUUCAUAAGCAGCUGGCUGGAGACACUGAGGUUUCAG